AGCUGUCAAUGCAAGUGUCAUGACCAGAUUUGCCCUAGCCCUAGCUUUGCUUGCGGAGCCUGGACGCUCUGCUGGUCUUUAUAAACAGCAAGAGGCUAAGUAGCGAAGCCUCCAUCCUGUCCGUCGUCUUUAGAUCGAAGCAGCUAGUCAAGAAACGAGCAGCCCAGCAAGCUAGCAGCCUACACACACAACACAAAUAACUACUCAUCUCCUCGAUCGACGCCGAGCACGGAGGGGAUGACGCUAGGGCUGCAGGGUGAUGAGCUCCUUGCUCAGCUCCGCGACCUGCUCUUGCCGUCUCCGACGAUUCCGACUCCGUUUAAGGUGGAGUCCGGCGGCACUGGACACCCUCCAGCGUCAUGCGAUGGGAGACGGCGCCGCCGGCGGGGGAGCAAGAGAGGCCGGGACGACGACAAUGGCGAACAACAACACGAGGAGCCCCCUCGGCAUUCAUGCAAAACAAGCAGCAGGAAGAUGAAGCAACGACAGAAGAAGAUGAGCAGUACGUCGUCUCUCGUGACAUCGGUGCCCGAUUUCGAUGGGUACCAAUGGAGGAAGUACGGCCAGAAGCAAAUCGAAGGUGCCAUGUACGCUAGGAGUUACUACAGGUGCAUCCGGAGCGCAGAGCAAGGCUGCCCGGCCAAACGGACGGUGCAGCGCAACGACGACGGCGGAGCUGCCCCAAAGUACACGGUGGUGUACAUGGGGGAGCACACCUGCACGGCCAACGAUUCCAUGGAGGCGCCGGUCAUCCUCGAGACCGCCGUCCCUGUUACCAGCACCAAUAAUAACAAGAGACCUCAAAAUGACGACGAUACCUCCGCUGCUACAUCAGCUGGCUCUUAUCGUUCUACCACCAGCACCAGCACCGUUACCGGGAUUAAGUCUCCGGCGGCGAUCUCGGACAUCACCUACUGGAGCAGCAGCAGUGCUAGCAGCGAUUACGUCGUCGAUGUCUACGACGACUGCGGGUUGUUCGGCGUCCAUGACAGCUGGGCCCCGGCAACGGCUGCUGCGUCGUCGUUGCAGGAGAUGGAGGAUUAUUUCACCGGACCGAUCCGGUCACCGGUGCACAUCGCCGCCACAGCGGAUGGUUGGACGAUUGACAACUUCCUGCUGCAGCUAGCAGCUAGUAAUGAUCAGCCACUGUUUCCCCAUUUCUCUUUAUUUAGCUAGCUAGCUAGCUACGAUAGUCCCGGUGCUAUUUAUUACCAUGGUCCUUGUCAAUAGCAAACAGUAAAAUUUUUGAGUUUUAGAAAGAGAACUAUCAAAUUGAUCCUUGUACUAUGCUCCCAUCACAUGGAUGCUAUACAUGAGGUAUU